UAUCAUAUUCUGACCAGCCGUUAUAUAGGCGCUCGUGAAAUACUACCCCAACGAUUACCCCCGUGCUCUUUUCCCGUGCAUGAGGAACCGACAAGAACUGAUCGACGCCUUUCAGCAAGGUGAAACGGGGGCUUACAUCGAAAGGUUCGGCCCGAGUCCUGGAAUCCUCCUUGGCACCCCAAAGACAAUUGGCACCGGCUUUACCUGCAAGGCCGCCGAUACUGUUGUGAUCUGGGAGCCGCAGGGCUCCAACGAUGUUGAAAAGCAGUCAUGGGGGUGUAUUCGACGGAUCGGUCAAACCAAGGCUGUCUUUGGCUAUCGAUUUGCGGAUAGCAAUAUGCAACAUGAGGUCAAUACAAAGUAUGAUAUAGUGUUUGCAUUGUUAAGGCUGCCUUGAGAAUAGAGUCUCUUUGACAUAGUGCAACUGCCUUUCAAAAGGGCUGAUCCUUA